AUGGGUAAAACACAAUACACCCAAAAAUUCAGGGAAGAAUGGCUCACUGAUCCAUUAUUUAAAGAUUGGUUGAUGAAGAUCGAACUAGAUCAAAAUAAAGCUAGAUGUAGGUUUUGCAAAACUGAGGUAGUCGCUAAACGGUAUGAUCUAGUUCAACACACAAAAACCAAAAAACAUAUAGAGGCUUCAAAAGCAUUUGCAACCUCAAGAUCCAUAGCAAAUUAUGCAAAACCUACUUCAUCAAAAACAAGUGACGCAGAAGGUACGUUAGCAUUGUUUAUAGCAGUUCAUUGUUCCAUUCUUACAUGUAAUCACUUAGGAAUUUUGUGUGAAUCUAAAUUUAUUGAUUCUGAAGCUGCUAAGAAUAUUAAACUACAUAGAACAAAGUGUACUAACAUAAUAAUAAACAUUUUGUCUCCACAUUUUGAAACAAGUCUGCGUACAAGCAUAGGUAAUCAGCCAUAUAGCAUUYUAGUAGAUGAGUCGACCGAUAUAAGUGUUACAAAAUAUUUAGGAAUUACCAUAAUGUAUUUCAAUAAGGACUUAGGACAACUAACUUCUACAUAUCUGGCUUUAAUUGAAAUGGAGUCUUGUGAUGCUGAAGCUAUCACAACUGGUAUAAAAACAACUUUAAAAAACAAAGGAUUGGAUCUGUAA